AAAAUAUCAAACUACACUUUACUAAGUUUAUUCAUGUUUUAGCUCAAGAAAAUACAAAUUUCCAAGCCCAUUUGCAGCUAUGAAAAUAUUGAAACUUUUUCUUGUUUUUACUAUAUUUGGUUGUUUGUCAUGGCCUAGUAUUCAGGGCGAAUUAAAGACGUAUAUAGUACACGUUGAAUCCCCUGAAACCCAAAUUCCCACUCAAUCUUUAGCUGAUCAGGAUCUUGAGACUUGGUACCAAUCCUUUUUGCCAAAUACGAUAGCAAGCACAACUGCUAGCUCGGAUGAAGAGGCGCCACGUCUAGUAUAUUCAUAUCGCAACGUGAUGAAAGGCUUUGCAGCAAGAUUAACUGCAGAGCAAGUGAAAGAAAUGGAGAAGAAACAAGGCUUUAUAGCUGCAUGGCCGGAGAGGAUAUUGUCCUUACACACCACGCAUACUCCAAGUUUUCUUGGAUUGCAGCGGAACGUUGGCUUGUGGAAGAAUUCUAACUAUGGGAAAGGUGUGAUCAUCGGAGUCUUGGACACCGGCAUUUCUCCUGACCAUCCUUCCUUUAGCGAUGAAGGAAUGCCUCCUCCACCUGCUAAAUGGAAGGGCAAGUGUGAAUCGAACUUCACUACAAAGUGUAACAACAAGCUCAUUGGAGCGAGGACGUUCCCACAAGCCAAUGGCUCGCCAAUAGAUGAUAAUGGACACGGUACACACACCGCUGGCACUGCUGCUGGAGGUUUCGUGAAAGGUGCCAAUGUGUUUGGAAAUGCUAAUGGUACCGCAGUUGGGAUGGCCCCUCUUGCUCACCUAGCCAUAUAUAAGGUCUGCGAUUCUUUUGGUUGCUCUGACAGUGGCAUUUUAUCUGCCAUGGAUGCGGCUAUUGAUGAUGGAGUUGAUAUUCUAUCGCUUUCCCUAGGUGGAACUACUAACCCCUUUCAUAGUGACCCCAUUGCACUCGGGGCGUACAGUGCAACACAGAGAGGUAUUCUUGUAAGUUGCUCCGCGGGCAAUAACGGUCCAUUUGAUAGCACGGUUGUAAAUGAAGCCCCAUGGAUUCUCACAGUAGGCGCGAGCACUCUUGACAGAAAAAUUAAGGCCACUCUCAGGCUUGGAAAUAAAGAAGAAUUCAAGGGCGAAUCAGCUUUUCAUCCAAAAGUUUCCAAUAACAAAUUCUUCCCUUUGUUUGAUCCUGCACAGAAUGCAACUGACCCCGAUUCUGACACUGACAUCCCAUUUUGUGGACCAACUCUGACCGACCUCAGCCAUGCUAUUAAAGGCAAAAUAGUUUUGUGCCAGGUAGGCGGCGGUUUUAACAGAAUUGAAAAGGGACAAGCGGUAAAGAAUGCUGGAGGUGUUGGUAUGAUUCUCAUCAAUCGUCCUCAAGACGGUACCACUACAUCAGCGGAUGCUCACGUCCUUCCAGCUAUGGAUGUUGCAUCCUCUGAUGCAUUUUAUAUUGCCGAAUAUAUGAAGUCAACGAAGAAGCCUGUCGCUAGAAUUACAUUCCAAGGAACGAUAAUAGGAGAUAAAAAUGCUCCCGUGGUUGCUGGAUUUUCUGCUCGCGGACCAAGCCCAGCUAGUCCAGGAAUCUUGAAGCCUGAUGUUAUUGGUCCUGGUGUCAACAUUCUUGCAGCUUGGCCUACCUCCGUCGAGAACAAAACAAACACAAAAUCUACAUUCAACAUUAUUUCUGGCACUUCCAUGUCUUGUCCUCACCUCAGUGGAGUAGCAGCAUUGCUGAAAAGCGCUCACCCCACGUGGUCUCCUGCAGCUAUUAAGUCAGCAAUCAUGACAACCGCCGAUAUAGUCAACCUUGCCAACGAAUCCAUCCUAGGUGAAAUGCUCUCUCCCGCUAGAAUCUUCGCCUUUGGAGCAGGACAUGUCAAUCCAUCAAGAGCAAAUGAUCCCGGACUAGUUUACGAUACCCAAUUCAAGGACUACUUAUCUUAUUUGUGCGGUUUGAAUUACACAAAUCGAGAGGUGGGAAACCUUCUACAACGCAAGGCAAAUUGCUCAAAAGUGAAAAGUAUCCCCGAAGCACAACUCAAUUACCCUUCAUUUUCCAUCUCACUCGGAGAAAAACCUCAAACAUACACGAGAACGGUGACAAACGUUGGGGAAGCAAACUCGUCUUAUCGCGUGGAGAUAGUCUCACCACGAAUGGUUUCCGUGGUUGUUAAGCCCUCGACUCUAAAGUUCUCGAAGUUGAACCAGAAGAUGACGUACCAUGUGACGUUUUCCACAACAACAAACAUCACAAACAUGGAAGUUGUUCAUGGAUACUUGAAAUGGACUAGUAAUAGGCACUUUGUGAGAAGUCCAAUUGCAGUUGUGCUACAAGAGCCUGAAACACCAGAUUUGGAUUAGUUUGUUUGCUUUUUAAUAAUUUGUUCAAUGUAUGAUAAGCAUGCAUUAAUGGUUUGUAUCCCAAAUGUAACAUGAGUGCACAAAUUACUCAUGUUCUAUUCUACUAGUGUUGUUUCCUUUUUUGGUGGGGACUAAUAUUUCU